AUAGACAAUCACCACUUCCUUCUUAACAGAAAAGGUCCAGAAAGGGGAUGAAAUUAGUUAAAGAAAUCCCAUGAAGAUUAGUGACAGAGAAAUCAGCCAUCCCAUCCACCCACAGCACAAGCUAGAACUUGAAUACACAGAAAUCCCAUUCACUUGUGAUGGUUGCAAGGAAGCUGGCAUUGGUCUCAAAUACAGUUGCCGGCAGAAAUAUUGCAAUGAUCAAUUUGAUCUGCACAAGGUAUGUGCUGUGGCGCCUCCUAUCAUCAACAAUUCCUUUUACAAAAAAUGCGUUUUCGAAUUUCACCAUCACCCUCCAGGUGAGGAGAAGAGGGUAUGCGAUGCAUGUCGAAAUGAAGUUCUAGGCUUCGUCUACCACUGCAAGCGAUGUGGAUUUGAUCUCCAUCCUUGUUGUGCAAACCUCCCUCAAGUUCUAGACGAUGGUGAGCACAAUCUUUACCUGUGUCUCAAGCUCUCCGGGGCAUGUCAUCGAUGUGGGGGCAAAGGACCAGGGUGGUCUUACAGGUCUCGCUGCAAAACGUAUAAUCUUCAUCUGUCAUGUGUCAAGGAGUUGCUGGUGGAGAGCUGGGAAGCCAUGUAUCUCAAAGUGGAUCAGAACAAGGUCAGAGAGAUACAGACUAGGAUCCCAAGCCUCAAGAUGACACUGGCAAACCAUCAUGGAGAAGCAAGAGGUGGAAAGGUUAAGAAGUGCUGUCAGAUGGCUGGUGGUGCCAUUCGCCUUAUUGUCUCAGCUAUCCUGGGAGAUCCUACCGCUAUAAUCGCUGCAGUCGUCGGGGGUUUCAUAUCCAAGUAAUUCAAGCAUAUAUGGCUGAGCAAAAAAAGUAGACCAAUAUUUAUAUAUACACUACAAUAUGUUAAAUCAUUGUUCCUUGUUCCUUGCUAAUACUCAUAAUUAAUGCUCGUGUGUUUGGUUUGUUACCCUUAAUUACCUGUCUGUACUGUGUGAUAUAUAUAUAUAGUGAGAGAUUUGAAAUUUCCUUCCCCCC